CCUGUCGACAGGCCUUUACGUGCAGGACAGACAUUGAUAACGGUUGGGUAACAACGACAACAGCACAGGCAGGGGGUGGAGCUGAGACCCACCCUCCAGGCUCAGCUCCUAGACACCGCGGUGCCCUGCGGUGCCCGGUUAUCCAGCACAGGGGCUGCUGGGAAAUGCUCUGGGCACUGACCACAGCCAGGGCGGUCCUGGGGCACAGGGCGGCAGGCUGGGUGAGGACUAUGGCCUCCCACUCGCUGCUGGUGGCCCCCCCGGCGGCCCUGAGCAAGCCGCUGUCCAUCCCCAGCCGGCUGCUGCUGGGGCCAGGCCCCUCCAACCUGACCCCUCGCGUCAUGGCAGCCGGGGCUCUGCAGACGCUGGGCCACAUGCACCAGGAGGUAUACCAGAUCAUGGACGAGAUCAAGCAAGGCAUCCAGUAUGUGUUCCAGACCAGGAAUGCCCUCACCCUGGCCAUCAGCGGCUCGGGGCACUGCGCCCUGGAGGCCGCCCUGUUCAACCUGCUGGAGCCGGGCGACUCCUUCCUGGUCGGGGUCAGCGGCAUCUGGGGGCAGCGGGCCCAGGACAUCGCAGAGCGCAUCGGAGCCCGCGUGUACCCGAUGAUCAAGGUGCCUGGAGGCCACUUCACUCUGCAGGAGGUGGAAGAGGCUCUGGCCCGGCACAAGCCAGCUCUCCUGUUCCUGGCCCAUGGAGAGUCAUCCACCGGCGUGAUGCAGCCUCUUGAUGGCUAUGGGGAGCUCUGUCACAGGUACCAGUGCCUGCUCCUGGUGGAUUCAGUGGCAUCCCUGGGGGGCGCCCCCAUCCACAUGGACCGGCAGGGCAUCGACGUCCUCUACUCGGGCUCCCAGAAGGUCCUGAACGCGCCCCCAGGCACCUCGCUCAUCUCCUUCAGCGACAAGGCCAAAAGUAAGAUCUAUGCUCGUAAGACCAAGCCCGUCUCUUUCUACCUGGACAUCAAGUGGCUGGCCAACUUCUGGGGCUGUGAUGACAAGCCCAGGACGUACCACCACACCACCCCGGUUGUCAGCCUGUACAGCCUGAGGGAGAGCCUGGCCCACCUGGCGGAGCAGGGCCUGGAGAACAGCUGGCGGCAGCACCGCGAGGCCUCCGAGUACCUGCACGCGUGUCUGCAGGGGCUGGGCCUGCAGCUGUUCGUGAAGGACCCGGCGCUCCGACUGCCCACCAUCACCAGUGUGGUGGUCCCCAUGGGCUAUGACUGGAGGGACAUUGUCAAGUACAUCAUGGACCACCACGACAUCGAGAUUGCCGGCGGCCUUGGGCCCUCGGCGGGGAAGGUGCUGCGGAUCGGCCUGCUGGGCUGCAACGCCACGCGGGAGAACGUGGGCCGGGUGACCCGGGCCCUGCGGGAGGCCCUGCAGUGCUGCCCCCGCAACAAGCUGUGACGGGCUGCCUGCCCCUCGUCCACCCUGGGAGCGGGCGUGUGGCCCCGGGGUGAACAGACUCUGCAGGGGGCACCGGCCAGCAGCUGCCCUGCCCAGGCAUCUGCCCCACCCCAGGCGGCCCGUCACCUCCACUGGUGGAACGUCCUGGGUGUGGCCGCAUGGACCCUCAGCACCUCUCCUUGAGCUGUUGCCCCCAUAGGUCCCUGGCCUCCUAUGAAGGUUCAAUAAAGGCUUCAUCAGUC